CGCAUGAGUCCACACUUUGGAUCGAUUCCCAUCGGCAUCUCCUUAAACAUCAGGAGGAGUGACGGGAGGGUCCACCCUGCGGUCGUCGCUUCGGUCAACAAGAGUAACAACACCAUGAUGGUGGAGUGGGUCGAGAAGGGCACCAACAAGGGCAAGAAGGUCGAUCUAGCCACGGUGUUCCUGCUGAACCCCGGACUGGCCACUCCAGAAUACCCCCAGUCCUGUAGAAUCCAGUCUCCUCUGCCCUUGUCGGUGCUCUAUUCCGCCAAGGCCAACAAUACCUUGUCAAACCAUUGGGUGGCGCACCCUCAGAAGAACGACACGGCUUCAGGGGACAAUGCAAUGACCUUCAGUGAGCCUAUCCUGGUGAAGCAGAGAAAGUCACACUGCCUAAGGGAGAUCGAGAAACUACAGAAGCAGAGGGAGAAGCGGAGGCAGCAGCUGCUGGAAUUUCAGGCCAAGAAAGCCCUCAAUGUCAACGUGGCUAGUCCCAACUACGAGAUCAUGUGUAUGAUUCAGGAAUACCGAAGGCAAAUGGACUACUCCAAGAUGCUCAGCUCAGAAACCACAGACGACCACCGAAUCUGUGUCUGCGUACGAAAGAGGCCGCUCAAUGAGCAAGAGACCCUGUUGAAAGACUUGGACAUCAUUACCAUCCCCACUAGGAACGUGGUCAUGGUGCAUGAGUCCAAGCAGAAGGUGGAUCUGACCCGCUAUCUUGAAAACCACACCUUCCGCUUCGACCAUGCUUUCGAUGACACUGCCUCCAAUGAAUUUGUGUACCGAUUCACUGCCCAGCCGCUGGUGGAGAAUAUUUUCCAAAAGGGUAUGGCCACUUGCUUUGCUUAUGGUCAGACGGGCAGUGGUAAAACACAUACUAUGGGAGGGAAUAUUUCUGGAAGAAAGCAAGACUGUUCCAAAGGCAUCUAUGCUUUAGUGGCUGAGGAUGUCUUCUUAAUGCUCAAGAAACCCACUUAUGAGAAGUUGGACCUAAAAGUCUAUGGGACAUUUUUUGAGAUUUAUGGGGGCAAAGUCUAUGAUUUACUGAACUGGAAGAAGAAACUCAAGGUCCUUGAGGAUGCCAAGCAACAAAUCCAGGUUUUGGGACUGCAGGAACAGGAAGUGUGUUGUGUAGAAGAUGUGCUAAAUCUCAUUGAGUUAGGCAGCAGCUACCGGACUUCAGGCCAGACAUCUGUCAAUGCUCACUCUUCUCGGAGUCAUGCUGUGUUUCAGAUCAUCCUUAAAAGAAGAGGGAAAUUAUAUGGAAAGUUUUCCCUCAUUGACCUCGCUGGGAAUGAAAGAGGAGCGGACACAUGCAGAACCAGCAGGCAGAGACAGCUAGAAGGGGCAGAGAUAAACAAAAGUCUCUUAGCACUCAAAGAGUGUAUAAGGGCAUUGGGACAAAAUAAGUCUCACACCCCAUUCAGAGCCAGUAAACUGACACAGGUGCUUAGGGACUCAUUUAUAGGCCAGAACUCUUCCACCUGUAUGAUUGCUACAAUCUCUCCAGGACUGAGUUCUUGUGAAAACACACUCAAUACUUUAAGGUAUGCAAACAGAGUGAAGGAAUUAACUCUUGAUGCCAGGCUCUUAGGCUAUCUGCAUCCAUGUGGGCAUCAGGAGUCAAGGCUAUUAGAUAAACACAUGGUGACUCCGGCAGGAAACCAGGAGCAGAGUGAUUAUAAAAUAUUUUUACAGAGUGAGGAAGAAGAGGAUGAGGAAGAUGAAGAGCCCAUCAGAUCUUCAAAAUCAGACCAAAAAAAUUCAGUAUCAUACAAUGAAUCCAGUCAGUGGCUCAGAGCUUUUUUAGAGAUGGCAGAUGGAAUAAGCUAUGAUGUGGAUUUCUGUGCUGCCCAGUUAGAGUCCAUCUUGGAGCAGAAAAUUGUUUCUCUGAAAGAAAUCCAAGGAAGGGUGAAAUUAUUUCGGGAAAGCCUCCAGAAGGAAAAGCCUGGCAAUUGA